UUCCGGGGUAGAGCAAGCGCAGUAUGUUCACGUGUUGAGGAAUCAAAACAUGAGAGAAGUUUUAUUCUUAAACAUGCGGCAUAUUGAAGACGAGGGAAAAGCAAUGCAGAGUGCACACUGAAACCUGAAUAAAGUGUCCAGUUAAACUUAGGAAGAUGGGCAAAAACAAGGAAAAGAAGAUUUUGAAGCAGGAAAGUGGUGAUGAUUUGGAACCUGCUCCUGCCUAUGUUUUUACCUGUAAAGAUCUUCAAAAAGAUCAAUUGCGAGCAAAUAAAGAUGAAGAAAGUCCUAUGACAAGCAUUUCAGCAAGUUUGGAAAGCUCCUCAGAAAAGCCUAAAAAGAAGCAAAAGAGAAAAUAUUUGUCUGAGCAACAAGCUGAGAAUGAUUGUUCCAAAGAGCAGCAUAGUGAGGGUCAUCAUGAAAACAGAAAGAAAAAAAAGAAGAAGAAAUCAAAGAAUGAGGCAGUAAAUCAUGUUGAAGACACCAACAAUGAGGAUGUAGAGUGCUUUGUAAUUACAGAAGAACCCCCAAGAAAAAAGAAAAAGAGAGAAAAAACAAAGGAAGUGAAUGAAGCCAAAGAGUUGGAGACGCAAAGCGAUGAAAAGAGUGAAGAAGCAAUAACUAGGAAAAAGAAGCUGAAAGAGUCAAAGGAGAAUCUUUCAGAAAAGAGAAAGGAGACAGAGGAAGUAGAUUUAACCGUGGAAUCAAAGACACGAAGCAGCGAAAAACCCGCAAAGAAAAAGAAGUUGAAAGAGUCAAAGGAGAAUCUUUCAGAAAAGAGAAAGGAGACAGAGGAAGGAGAUUUAACUGUGGAAUCAGAGACGCGAAGCAGCGAAGAACCCACAAAGAAAAAGAAAAAGAAGUUGAAAGAGUCAAAGGAGAAUCUUUCAGAAAAGAGAAAGGAGACAGAGGAAGGAGAUUUAACUGUGGAAUCAGAGACGCGAAGCAGCGAAGAACCCACAAAGAAAAAGAAAAAGAAGUUGAAAGAGUCAAAGGAGAAUCUUUCAGAAAAGAGAAAGGAGACAGAGGAAGGAGAUUUAACUGUGGAAUCAGAGACACGAAGCAGCGAAGAACCCACAAAGAAAAAGAAAAAGAAGUUGAAAGAGUCAAAGGAGAAUCUUUCAGAAAAGAGAAAGGAGACAGAGGAAGUAGAUUUAACCAUGGACUCAGACACACGAAGCAACGAAGAACCCAAAAAGAAAAAGAAGAAACAUAAAUCAAAAGACAAGGACCACAACCAUUCAGCAGAACAGAGCGAGAACGUGCGGACAGUGUUCACGACACAGGAGACACAGACCUUCCCAAACCUCGUUCGCCAAGAUGAUAAAGAGGACAUGGAAAUCCAAACAAACACAUGUGAAGUAAAAGACUCCACGAGGCUUGAUGAAAGCCUUUUGAAGCAACUGAAAGAAUUUAUUCCUAAUAUCGAGUCCAGGGAUCCGAUGAACGUCAGUAAAAUGAUCAAAUACGACUUGCCAAGAUUUAAAGAAUUCAAAAAACACGGCAUCGCUGUGAAUCACGGACGGUUCACUGCGGAAGAAAACAAGAGGCUGAGGAAGAACGUCCAAGACUUCAUGGCUCUCACUGCGAUAGACAGCGCCUCCAAACUGUUCUUCACAGAUCGCUAUAAGGAGGAACGACAUCAUAUAAAGCAGCUCAAAGUGACCUACAGGUUCUUUGAAAGGAUAGCGGAAGGAAUUCCCAGAUCCUGCUGUUAUGUUUAUGGUCGUGGAAGAAAAAUGUUCGAUGAGCAGAACUACCAAGGACAGUUUUCGAAGGAAGAACUUCACACAUUGAACAAGUUGCACACUUUACAUGGUAAUAAUUGGAAGAAAAUUUCAGAGUUGACCGGUCGAAGUGCCUUGGCGCUCCAGAAACGUUUCACACAAAUUGCUAGUAAUGAUGGCCCCUGGUCCAGGAAGGAGGUCCAGAGACUUUUGAGAGCUGUACGAGAUCAUGUAGUGAGCCAGAUCCCAGGCGGAGCCAACAAUAUCGGGUCCAUGAGAGUGAUGAAGGAAACGUUGUAUAAAAGGCUCCCCUUGUUGCAGAUCGCUAAGGAGGUGAAAACUCGCUCGUGGAUUCAGUGCAGGGAGAAAUGGAUGUCAAUUUUGGCAGUGAAAAUGUCCUGUGGAUCCGUGGGCACAGAGAAGACUUCUCUUGAUAUCCAAGUCAAACUCAUAAAAGGGAUGUAUGAAAUGGACGUAGAUGAUGCUGCCCAUGUCGAUUGGGACUACCUGACAGCACUGAUUGGGAACAUACCUCCAACAUACCUGCAAAGAAAAUGGCACAGACUGAAAGUGGGCCAUGUGCCUGAAUGGCACACAAAGUGUUUUGCAGAUAUCACUGACUUUCUGUACGAGAAAGUUUUACCACACCUUCAGGAGAAGCUGCUGGCCCACACGGACUUGGAGGAGUCUCAGAUUCAAGAAAAUGAGGAGAGCUAUCUUCUCUCAGACAUCUUUCAGGACAUUAAUGAGGAUGAAGAUGAGGAGGACGACAAUUUAAAUAAACUAAAGACUGAAACCCUUGUUUAGUUUAAUGUGGGUGCUCAGUGUUUUUUUUAACUGAGUAAGAUUCUACAGAUGACCAUUUUUUGUAUGACAAACUUUUUUGUUCACGCUUGAAUAUUUAUUCCAGAGUUAUCUGGUCUUUGUAGGUAUAUAUUUUGGUAAAGAUUUUAAGUGUGGAAUUUGUGGGUCAGCAGUUCAUUUAACUGUUGCAGCACAUUCCUUUGGAAAUACUUUGUCUCAACAGGUUUAACACAAUCAGUUUGAACGGUAAUAAUUAGAGCAGUACUGACUAUAAUUCAGAAUAUUAAAUAUUUUCACUCCUGCUUACAAAAAAAAAAAAAAAAAAAGUGUUUUGACCAUAAUACUAUGACCAACCAUAAGCUUGCACAAUGUUGUCUUGUGCUAUUAAGCUUUAAUUUUGAAAUAUUAAUACUUUGAGUUGAUAAUUUCACCCUAAAUUUAUUUUGGGCAAGGGUCAGGUCCCCCAUGGUAAAGGAUAAAUGCACCCACUUGGUGCAGUUUUAAAAAAAUAAAACCACACACCAA